UACAGCUAGUUGCCAACCACCAUAAAAAGAAAUAGAAGAAGAAAGAAGCGAAAGACAUUAAACAACAACAACAACAUAUUAAACAACAACAAGACGAAGAAGAAGAAGCAGCAGGGAUGCAAGUUAAUCGACUUCCAACCGGCAUAAAACCCUAAAAAGAAGAAGUUAAUUGCCUUGAAAUGUACCCUGUGAGUGGGAAGAUUUGAAGUAACAUUACUGUGUUUGAUGAACAUGGCUGCUUGUUCAAGUACUUCUGGAGACCCUGGACCUCAGUCCCCACCGAAUUCCGUCCAGGCGCUUUUAACCAAUCCUUUCGAAAGGAGAAGUUUGGGAGAUAAAUUGUUGGUUAAAGAUCUCGGACCAGACCAACCCGAAUUGUUGAUAUCACAGAAAACCUUUGAAAAAAACAAGACUUAUAAACGAGGCUUCUCACGGGUCUGGUACAUGAAAAAGCCUUGGCUAGCUGGAUGCCCGCAGGUAAACGCUGUCUUUUGUUUUCCUUGCUUACUCUUCAAACAAUCGGGGGCAGAUACCUCGUGGACUGUAACAGGGGUGAAUGACAUGAAGCAUUUGUCCGAAAAAAUUAAAAAGCACGAGUGCACGAAGACACACAUAACUAGUGCGGUUAAGCUAGCCGUGCUAGGCAAAGCUAACAUAGCCACGCAGCUGGAGAAAGGGUACAGGAUUGGGGUGAAAAAGCACAACGAAGAAGUGGACAAGAACAGGCACGUCUUGUCAAAGAUAAUUGAUUGUGUGAAAUUCUGUGGGGACUUUGAGCUGGAUUUGCGUGGCCACGAAGAGACCGAAACAUCCGGCAACCCCGGUGGUUUUCGUGGUUUAGUCGAUCGAGUGGCCUCGUUAGACAGCGUGUUGGAGGAGCAACUUAAAACGGCUACCGAUAUCAAAGGCACCUCAAAGACGGUGCAAAACGAACUUUUGGACUGCAUGCUAGCUGUUUCUAAAGAAUACAUUCUGGAGGAAGUUAGACGUGCUAAUUAUCUAGCUAUUCAGGUGGAUGAGACGACAGACAUUUCCAACCACUGCCAGUUAGUGCUUGUGCUGAGGUACAUCGACCCGCAUAACAACGUCCAAGAGCGUUUCUUUGACUUCCUCCCUCUUCGGAAUGAAAAUGCUGACACAAUUGCCGCCGAGCUGAUGGAGAGGCUGGGCACUAUCCUCCCCGAAGGACAACAGGGCAAACUAAUCGCCCAAGCCUAUGACGGUGCAGCGGUGAUGAGGGGAACUAAAGGCGGAGUUCAUGGGAAAGUAAAGGAGGUGUACUGUAAUGCGCACAAUGUCCAUUGCUAUGCGCAUCAGCUCAACCUGAUCAUGCAGCAGGCAACAUCACACAUCCCCAAGAUAAGAAUAUUUUUUUCAGACCUUGGUGGAUUUGCUGCAUUUUUCUCCAGGUCAUUUAAGCGAACCGCCAUCCUGGACCAAGUGGUGGCACAGAGACUUCCUGGCACUUCCACAACAACAUGGAACUUCCACAGUUUCGCUUUAAACACUGUGUACGAGCACAAGGAUGACCUCCUACGGUGCUUCCAGACCAUCAGAGACUCAGCUGACUUUGAUCCUCUAACAGUGAGAGAAGCCGGGGGCUUUGUGAGAAUGCUGGGAGAUGAAGAUUUUUGCUUUUUACUGACAUUGUUCCACAAGAUCAUGCCUAAUGUAGACAUGCUGUUUAGCCAACUGCAGAAUAGGAACAUCGACUCUGCCUACAUCAGUGGAAUCAUCGAGGGGUUCACCAGCAGCAUACAAACAGUCAGGGACUCCAUUCAUUCAGGUCUAUACAGUGAAUCUGUGCAGCAACCUCUUAUAAAGAAAGAGAGGACACUUGGACAUGAAGAGCAACAGCAGUCGGCUAGAGAGGUAUGUGAUACCAUACUGAGUCACACACAGGAGAGAUUUUCCUUCACCAAACACCUCAUCAGCUCCACCCUACUGCAAGGAGACCUGUUCCAUCAACACAGCCAAAUAUUCCCUGAAGCAGCGCUGGAAACCACUGUGGAGGCAUUCCCUCUACUGGACAAGGCAAAGCUGAAGACGGAACUCUCCCUCAUCUAUGACAAUGCCGAGUUCAGGGCCUGCAGUGGUGCAGUUGCUCUGCUCCAGUUCUUUAUUGACAAUAAUCUACAGGAGCUAUUUGCAGAGACUGUCAGUCUUCUGAAGGUUCUUAUAACCACACCUAUGACUACGGAUGAGCCAGACAGGUGCUUUCCCACUCUGAAAAGAAUCAAGACCUUUUUGAGGAACACCAUGACACAGGAUCGCCUGAAUGCUCUGGCUAUGCUGUCAAUAGAGAAAAAACUCAUUAGGAGCAUUCCUGACUUCAACACCAGAGUCAUUGAGAGGUUUGCCACUCAGGAGAGAAGAGCACAAUUCCACUAUAAAUAAAAGAACACCCACACUUCAUCUUAGUUCCUCUGAUUAGAUUUGGCUUUGUACAUAGUGGUAUAUUAUAGUUGACUUUUUUCAUCAUCUAGCAAACUAGAUAUCUUGCCUUGAUGGUGCGUUUCCUAAUAUUGCUGUGUUUCUGAACCAUAAUUGUGUCUCCUGAUUUUGAAAUGGGAAUUAAAUCAUUUCGGAGUGUUCCCAAAGCACUGAUGUUCUGCAGUUUGUGUGGGCCUACUGUACUGUUGCACAAUUUAUACUGUAUAAACCAUGUCCAGGACAACGUGUUUUGGAAGUUUUGAUACACAGUUAACCCCACUGUAGUCUAUUGAUGUAUUGAUCAGUCUUCUCAUAUUUUUAAGCCCCCCCCCCCAGGAUUGCAGGGUCACCAUUUUCCACAGCCCCACCUACAUUUUUUUACAUCCACAGCCACUGGUGAUAGUAAAACCAUAACAAUCUUCUAUAUGAAAAGCAAAUAGAACUAUUAAAAAUAUAUAUCUGAUUGUAUACAAUAUAUUUAGUUUAUAGUUGUACUCUGCGACAAAGACAAAAAUAUUUUGUUUCCCAAUUUAGGAUGAAUAAAGUAUAUCUUUAAUCUA